GAUAAAAACUGAUUGUUUAUUUUAUUUUUUAUUUUUUUACCUAGAUCUAGUUUGUGUGAGGGUUAUGCUCUAUAUUUGGUAGUAGUGUAUUGUUGAUAUUGAGUUCUCAUGGCAAUGCCAUCGGGAAAUGUGGUAGCACAGGACAAAAUGCAGUUUCCUAGUGGUGGUGGUGGUGGUGCCGGUGCCGGCAGUGGCAGUGCUGGCGGUGAGAUCCACUACCGCCAGCAAUGGUUUGUUGAUGAGAGGGAUAGCCUUAUUGGCUGGCUGCGAAGCGAAUUCGCAGCUGCCAAUGCGAUCAUAGACUCCCUUUGUCACCAUUUACGUAUAGUUGGUGACCCUGGAGAGUAUGAUAUGGUCGUUGGUGCCAUUCAGCAAAGGAGGUGUAAUUGGAAUCAGGUGCUGCUUAUGCAGCAAUACUUUUCGGUCUCUGAAGUGGUUUAUGCGCUGCAGCAAGUGGCGUGGAGGAGGCAGCAGAGGUAUGUGGAGCCGGUUAAAGUGGGUGCAAAGGAAGUUAGGAAAUCUGGUCCAGGGUACAGGCAAGGGCAGAGGUUUGAGUCUGCAAAGGAAAGUUUUAAUGCUAGUGUAGAGUCUUAUAGUCAUGAGGCAAAUAGCGCAAUUACCGGAUCCCCCGAGAAAGGGACUCCAUUAACUGAAAAGGGUGAAGAACUUAAAUCUGCUGGUAAGGUUGGAAAGAUAGAUGAUAAGAGUUUAGCAUCCACUGAGGAGAAGAAAGCAGAUGCUAUAGCAAAGAAUCAGACAGAGGGCAACUUGAAGGGCUCAGGGAGCUCACAAGGAUCCCUGCCAAAUUCGGAUUCUGAAGCUGGGGUCGUAAAUGACGGACUUGCAUCAAAUUUUAAAGGGAAUGAGUCACUUUCUAUCCAAAAUCAGAAUCAGAGUCAAAGUCUUUCAACAUUAGCAAAAACUUUUGUUGGCAAUGAAAUGUUUGAUGGGACGAUGGUGAAUGUGGCUGAUGGACUAAAGUUGUAUGAAGAGUUAUUUGAUGGCACUGAAGUUUCAAAACUUGUUUCACUGGUCAAUGAUCUAAGGAUUUCGGGAAAAAGAGGACAAUUUCAAGGGAGUCAGACAUUUGUGGUUUCGAGGAGGCCCAUGAAAGGGCAUGGAAGGGAGAUGAUUCAGUUGGGUGUUCCUGUUGUUGAUGCACCUCUAGAAGGAGAGAAUAUGACCGGAGCCUCAAGAGAAAAGAAUGUAGAACCUAUCCCUUCCUUGUUUCGAGAAAUUAUUGAGCGGAUGGUUGCCUCACAAGUUAUGACUGUGAAGCCUGAUGCUUGUGUUGUGGAUUUCUUUAAUGAGGGUGAUCAUUCACAGCCCUACAAUUGGCCGCACUGGUUUGGAAGGCCCGUUCAUGUUCUCUUCCUGACAGAAUGUGAAAUCACUUUUGGGAGAGUGAUCACCACGGAUCAUCCUGGGGAUUAUAGGGGCACUCUCAAGCUUUCUCUUUCCCCUGGGUCAUUUCUGGCUAUGCAAGGGAAAUGCACUGAUUUUGCCAAACAUGCUAUUCCUUCUUUCCGUAAACAACGCAUCCUUGUUACUUUCAUCAAGUCCCAACCGCGAAGGUCCCCCCCUUCGGAUGCCCAGCGUCUUGCUUCGCCAGCAGUAUCUUCUCAUUGGGGUCCACCGCCAAGCCGAUCCCCUAACCACAUGCGUCAUCAUGUAGGUCCUAAGCAUUAUCCUGCAGGCCAGACAACUGGAGUUCUGCCAGCUCCACCCAUCCGUCCGCAAAUUCCGCCACCAAAUGGUAUGCAGCCGCUGUUUGUGGCUGCUCCAGUUGUCCCUGCCAUGCCAUUUCCUGCACCGGUACCAAUCGCACCAGCUUCCACAGGAUGGACAGCAGCCCCUCCAAGGCAUCCCACUCCUCGAAUCCCUGCGCCUGGCACAGGAGUCUUCCUCCCUCCACCCGGGUCAGGUAAUCCUCCUCCACAAGUACUUGGUGCUUUGACCGAAGUGAACCCAGGUUCGGAAACUCCGACCACUCAUGAAAAGGAAAAUGGGAAUUCUAAUCAUAACAACACAACUUCACCGAAAGGGAAAGUGCAGAGGCAAGAGUGCAAUGGGCAUGUGAAUGGAACUGAAGAAGAGAAAGCUGUAGAGACAGAGCAAGAUAGCAAUGACAAAACUGUGGAAAGCCAAUGAAGUCAGGCGUAUCUGCAGGCUAUAUAGAGAGAGAGAGAGAGAGUGAGAGAGGAAAAGCUUAUCAAAGGUAAAAGGGUAGGCUGCGAACUUAACUUGAGUUUGAAGCAAAUGUAAAGCGCGGCAACAAAGUACUGCAAAGCAAGCAAUGGAGAUAAGGGAAGGAGGAAGAACAUUUUUUGUUCUCUUUUGAGGCAUCCUUUCUUUGCUCUAUUCCUUCCUUUUGUUUUUUGUUUCUUUGUUUACUUACUAUAUUAUUAAUUAACUCUUACAUUGGAGUAAGGAAAACACCAUUCUUAUUUUUAACUUUUCCUAUC